CGGAAGGCUGCGCGCUCUGUUGCCUGAGCUAGGCGAUUAUCUGAAGGGCCGAAACGGUCAUCUAGGGUUUUUAAGUUCUCAGGAGGAAGGUGUGACGGCGGACUGAGGCUUUUGGCUGCCCGCGGUCUACCUCAUCUGGCGGAGCUGGAGGACGAGAGCCUGGCCGUCCAUCGAGCGGCCCCACUUCCGGUCGGCGGUCAAAAAACGUAGAGCUCUUCUCCUUUAAUUGCGGUGGGCGGGACGUGGCGACGCCACUGGCGUUGCUAUUGGCGGCGAUUGGGGGCGCGGAAACUGAACUGGCACAACUGCCGCCACAACUAUUUCGGGCAUUUGGGGUCCCGCUGGUCCUGCCAGCUCCGCCAGCUCCGCCAUGACCACCCUCAGUCCGGAGGACCCCUCACUGGAGAGGCAUUUUAAAGGUCACCGAGAUGCAGUUACCUGUGUGGACUUCAGUCUCAACACGAAGCAGCUGGCCAGUGGCUCCAUGGACUCAUGCCUCAUGAUCUGGAACAUGAAGCCCCAAUCACGAGCCUACCGCUUCAUGGGCCACAAGGAUGCUGUGACUUGUGUGAAUUUCUCCCCAUCGGGACACCUGCUCGCCUCAGGCUCCCGAGACAAGACUGUUCGCAUUUGGAUACCCAAUGUCAAAGGUGAGUCAACUGUGUUUCGUGCACACACGGCCACAGUGAGGAGUGUCCACUUCUGCAGUGAUGGCCAGUCGCUUGUGACAGCCUCUGAUGACAAGACAGUCAAGGUGUGGUCAACUCAUCGCCAGAAAUUCCUGUUUUCCCUGAGCCAGCAUAUCAACUGGGUCCGCUGUGCCAAGUUCUCCCCUGAUGGGCGGCUAAUCGUGUCUGCCAGUGAUGACAAGACUGUCAAGCUGUGGGACAAGACCAGCCGGGAGUGUGUCCACUCAUACUGUGAGCAUGGCGGCUUUGUCACCUUUGUGGACUUCCACCCCAGUGGUACCUGCAUCGCUGCUGCUGGCAUGGACAACACAGUGAAGGUGUGGGAUGUGCGGACCCACCGGCUGUUGCAGCAUUAUCAGCUACACAGUGCAGCUGUGAAUGCCCUCUCCUUCCACCCAUCGGGAAACUACCUCAUCACAGCCUCCAGCGACUCAACCCUGAAGAUCCUGGACCUGAUGGAGGGCCGGCUUCUCUACACACUCCAUGGGCACCAGGGUCCUGCUACCACUGUUGCCUUUUCAAGAACGGGGGAGUAUUUUGCUUCUGGAGGCUCUGAUGAGCAGGUGAUGGUUUGGAAGAGUAACUUUGAUAUUGUUGCUUAUGGAGACGUGAAAGCACAGAGGCCUCCACCCCUGGCCAGCUCUGCUGGGAAUCUGCCAGAAAUGGACUUGCCUGGCCCACCAGGCAGAGACAAGAGUCUGGAGUCAAUGCAGAGCCAGCCCCAGGAGCACAUCAGCAUGCCCGAGACAUUGACCAGCACACUUGAGCACAUUGUGGGCCAGCUGGACGUCCUCACACAGACAGUGUCCAUUCUAGAACAGCGGCUGACCCUGACAGAAGACAAGCUGAAGAAAUGCCUGGAGAACCAGCAGCUAAUCAUGCAGAGAACACCACCGUGAUCGAGGGAGCAAGGAUCAGGAGCUCAGUUGAUUAGGGGGAUAGCAGGCCAGGGAUUUGUACGGGGACUUGAGUAAAUAAAUAAAGGGAUUCCGCCCUGAGGGAGCCACAUGUGUACCCAGUCUGGGGUUAGGUGCUCCCCCUCCCCCAAGUGCUGUUUGUUCCUGGAGCCUCUCCAUCUGACGAUGGGAAGCUCUCAGGGGCAGAGCCACACAGAAAGGAGACUUGAGACCCAGCAGGCAAGGCCACGCUCAGUUUAACAAAAAGGAGCCACUCGAACUGUGUUUCCUCAGAAUCCUGGGAUGGUGCUGCUCUCUCAAGAACCAUGCCAGGUUUUCAUUCACCUCACCUUCAGCCCCCUGACUGGCUUCUAAGUUGGCUGCCCAUUGCUUGGAUGAGCCAAGAUUUUUUUUUUUUUCUCGAUCUGAAUCCCCCCCAAGAGCCCCCAGGGGGCUGUCUGAGUCACAAGGAACAAGCUGGGUAGAAUGGGUACAGUCUUUGCAAUGGCUUAAGUCUCUGUCACCACAUAUAUUUACCAGGGCUUCUUCCUCCCCACAUGCAUGAGAGCAAAGGAAUCUGAAAAUUAAAACUAAUUUGACUGAUCUUGUGCAGGAAUGGCUUGUUCUGGGUUAGAUCUAAUCAGUCCUCCCAUCCCAAGGUCCAUAAUGGGAGAAUCACAGCAGCAGUGGGAGGUAGGGAAGGCUCAGAGACCAAGGGACACCUUUUUUUGCACCUGUUUAGGGGUACUGGAGUACAAGGGUAGCAAAAGCCCCUGUGUACUGCCCACAUCCCCCUAACUGGCUUUCCUAGGGAUGUGGAAGCCCCAGGCACCAUGUUUUCGUUCAUUUUCUCACGGGGGUUUCCAGGGCCCUUCCUCCACAUCUGGACUACAAAAGCCAGAGUAAGUGCUUUCUAUGUCUGAGUUGUUUGUGCCUUCAUCCUUGAGCAUCUUGGGGUAACUUAGCCAACCAGGGAGGUCCGUAUCCCCUAACAUACUGCCCUGCCGUGGGGUGGCAUGAAGUGCUAUAACCUCCCGAAAUUGUCCAGCCCUUGCAGUUUCUAGGAGAAACAGAGCCGGAAUGUCUGAGUUCAGACCGGUGAGGGGGCCAACCUAUGAUAAACUGUAAGUGUGGGAGCUUACUCCUCCGACUUGCACUAGGUGAGGAAAGCUGAAUUCCAGGGUCAGACUUUGGUCCUGCCCCUCAACCUCCUGCUAUACCCCUCAAUAUUUUGGUCUAACCUAUCUAAGGCUCUGAUUGUGACUUGAGUUUUGAAGUAAUGACCCCUGUUCCUUCAGGUGCUGCACCCUGCCCAGUGCAAAUAGUGGCUCAAGGGAACCUGUUGCUCUGUCCAGCCCCACUAGAUGGCAGAGCCAGUUGUGAGGGACAGAAGAGACUCUCCAGAUGCCCUAGGAAACUGCGGAAUGGGAAGCCUGGUGGCUGCUCUGGCAGGAAAGCUGCUCAGCUGCCUCGGGACAUAGUAAGCACCCACCCCAUGAGCCUUAGCUGGCAGCCAACUCAAAGGGGCCGGACUUGUCAUCCCCUCCCAUGCUGAUUCUGCUGCCCAGCAUGGGCUCUCUUGGUGGAGGCAGGCCCAGUGUAGACAGGCCCACGUGGGAGCAUGAGCCUUUAAUUCCAGCACUCAGGAGGUAGAGGCAAGCAGGCCUCACAGUGAGACCCUGUCUCAUAAAAGCAGGUGAGGAGAGGGGUAGGAGGACAGCAUCAGCUCUCAUCCCGCUCUGCUUCCUGGCUGUGAGUUCACAGAAACCAGCAGCUCAUGCUGCCUUGACUUCCCUGCCAUGAUGAACUGUAAACCAAAUAAACCUUUCUUCCUGAA